GCUUCCGCCGUCCGUAUGUGCAGAGAGCAGUCUGAUAUCGCUGGGAGGAAAAUGUGUGGGCUAUGGAAAGAGACCCGGGCUCUGGCAGUGGACUACCUGUCCAUUUGCUGCACAAGCCCACGUCUAGCCCCUCCACCUCCCAGCGAGUCAGCCGGUGCCAUGAGGCAUCUGGCCCAGGUCAUGGAGAAGCAGCAUCAGGCUCGCUUCCUCUCCCUUGCUCAGACCUUCUUGGGGCACUGCGGGCCGGACCCCUGCUCCAGCCUCAGGAAGGUGAUGGAGGAGCUAGUGGGUGACGGACACUUGAACUGGGGACGGGUUGUGUCCCUUUUCACCUUUACUGGGGUGGUGGCCAGACUGCUGCUGGAGCAGAAGGGAAUGAAGCCAGGGCUGGACCCUGGGCAGGGGCAGGAAAUGGAACAGGUGCCUGGAAACUGCAGGGGAUUGGCAGAAACCAUAGCUGACUACCUUGGAGAGGAGAAGAAAGACUGGCUGCUGGAGAAUGACGGCUGGGAGGGGUUCUGUAAGUUCUCUCGCAGUGCCAGAGAGGUGAACCAGGACUCAUCCUUGAAGACAGCACUGUUUGCUGCUGCUGGAGUCGGCCUCGCUGGACUCACCUUCCUCCUGGUGCGCUAGCUGGCCUUCUACGUCCUGAAAUGCGUCCAAGUUCUCAUUUCAUUUGGCACACUUUGGUAGAUAUUUGAUUCAUUAUGUCUAACAUCAUUGCUGCAAAAAAACAGCUUAAUCUGUAGUGAAUUCAGGGUUGUGAACUCAAGUCAUCAACUGAAUGUUUGCACAUACUCAGACCCCUCUAAACAGUUUUAUAUGUCACUUUUGGGUAUUUACAUAGACUUACAUUUUGCCCUAAGCCUAAUCAUAACCACUGACCCAAAAUCUGCGCUUUACCAAUUGGGGACAUGGUUUUUGUCCCCAAAUGCACAAGCUGUCGCCAGUCAACUGAUGUUACGUCUGGUUUAUGUCCCUGAAAGCUUAAGUCAUACACAAACAUACAGUAAUAUCUGACAUUUUGUCUCAUGCUCCUUAAGAUUGUAAAAAUGAUCUCAAUGCCUUCAGAAAUUUUGGAGUGAGUGACAUCAGCUCGCAUAUCGUAGACAUGUAUAGAAAAAAGAAUAAAGCACAGGUUUCUGCACAGGGACACCUUGCUUUCAGAGUUUGUAUUUUCAACUGUGCAGCUAAAGAAAAAAAAAACUUGGAUUUUCCCACAGCUUUUAGUUAUGAUUUCUAAUAUUGUCGGCUGCCUUUACUUCACGUGUUUUAUCUGAGUUGUGUAUGUGGUAGAACCAUUCUAGUGUACAAUGUAUAAAUUAAUAUAUUAUAUUUAUAUGAGAUUAAACUGCUAACGGUGGCCCUUUUCUAGGCCACCACAGCCCUGUUUUUUCAUUGUUUCUGUCUUAUAUUCAUGUAAAAUGUCUGUGAUUCACACGGUCACCAGGGCUGAAUGCAGCAAUGAUGACCAGAAAACGGUGCUAUGAUAUGUUGUGAAAUGUUAUCAAUCUACAAACCAGGGACCAAUCUGACUUCUGACAUAUUGCUAUUAGAACAAACCGUUGCUUUAGCAUUGAUUCCCCCCCCCCCCCCCCCCAGAUCUCCUGAAGCAUUAUAU